AUGACCACGACAGCUACAACAACGAUUACAGCAGCUUCAACAACGACCACAAUAGCUACAACAACGACUACAACAUCUUUCAUGACGACAUCAGCAGCCGGAACGACAACAAUAGUCACAAAAUCAUCGUGCCAGCCAGCCGACUUGACAUCUUUGUUCUUCGUCCGCGAAGAGUAUCCAGACUCAAAACUCGAUGGCGGUGUUUACACCAUUGAUGUAGAUAAGGACUACACGGUGUCAUUCCUGGAUGACAACACCUACAGAGGAUACCUCCUUUUCGCCAAUAAAACAUUUUCCGGUCAAAUAUCCAGAUUAGUUUUCGGAUUUGAGAAUGUGGGUUUUGCCGCCCUAUCUUUAGGUGACUAUCCUAAUAAUAUUAGCACGUUGAAGAAAGUGAUUACUCCAAUGUCUAAUAACAGGAACGAAGGAAUUGAGUUCAUACCGCCAGGUUCUACGUACAUCUGCACUGAUGUGGAGCUUUAUUACAAACCGAUUGAGGACAUAAAACCAGUUGUCAUCAAGUUGAUUAGGAUUGAAAUGUGUUCGGGUUCAUUGGUUCCAAUUGACCCUGAUGUGUAUAACCAUUAA